AUGCUUCCAGGGGUAGGCGUUUUUGGAACCAGCCUGACCGCCAGGGUGAUCAUCCCUCUGUUGAAGAAUGAGGGAUUCGCCGUCAAAGCGCUUUGGGGUCGCACGCAGGAAGAGGCGGAGGAGCUCGCCAAGGAGAUGGACGUCCCAUUUUACACCAACCGGAUCGACGACGUGCUGCUGCACCAGGACGUGGAUUUGGUUUGCAUCAACCUGCCGCCGCCUCUGACGCGGCAGAUCGCCGUCAAAACCUUGGGUAUCGGAAAAAACGUAAUUUGUGACCGGACAGCCACACCUUUAGAUGCCUUCCGAAUGAUGUCCGCAGCCCAGUACUACCCCAAGCUGCUGAGCAUUAUGGGAAAUGUCCUUCGCUUCUUGCCAGCAUUUGUUCGAAUGAAGGAGCUGCUGGAGGAAGGCUAUGUAGGGGAACUUCUGGUUUGUGAGGCGCAGGUCCAUAGUGGCAGUCUGCUUGGGAAGAAAUAUAACUGGAGCUGUGAUGACCUCAUGGGAGGUGGGGGCUUGCACUCUGUAGGCAGUUACAUCAUCGACCUGCUUACGUUUCUGACAGGCCAACGUGCCGCAAAAGUCCACGGCUUCCUCAAGACCUUUGUCAAACAGACGGAUCACAUCCGAGGGAUCCGGCAGAUCACAAGCGACGACUUCUGCACGUUCCAGAUGGUGCUGGAAGGCGGGGCCUGCUGCACCGUCACGCUCAAUUUCAACGUCCCUGGAGAAUUUCGACAGGAAGUGAUCAUCGUCGGAACGGUCGGGAGGUUAUCUGUCACGGGGACGGACUUGUACGGACAGAAGAACAACGGCGGUGGAGGGACUGAACUUCUUCUAAAAGACACUACACCGCUUGAAAAGGCUUCCUUACCUGAGAAAGCCUUCAGCGACAUCCCUUCUCCGUAUCUGACUGGAAUGAUCCGAAUGAUCCAGGCUGUUCGGCAAGCCUUUCAGGAACAGGAUGAUCGGCGGACAUGGGACGGUAGGCCUCUGACGAUGGCCGCCACCUUUGAGGAUUGUCUUUAUGCUCUCUGCGUGGUGGAUACGAUCAAGAAAUCUAACCAAUGUGGAGAGUGGCAGAACAUUGUGGUCAUGACAGAAGAACCAGAGGUCAGCCCAGCUUAUUUGAUCAGCGAAGCUAUGCGGCGGAGUCGUAUGUCUCUCUACUGUUGA